AAACGAUCUGCGCGCGCACCCCCCAGUAAUCCUGAGGUAAAAUGGCGACGGGUGCCAUUUCCAUGGAGUUCAGGAAAAUAUCAGAAUUAAGAGUGGUUGAUUUGAAAUCCGAGCUCAAACGAAGAAAUUUGGACACAUCCGGUGUAAAGAGCGUGCUUGUAUCGAGAUUAAAACAGGCUAUUGAGGAUGAAGAUGGUGACCCAGAGAACAUUCAGACUCAGUCGUCACCUGAAACACCGUCCCGUAAAGGUGGAAAAGCUAAAGGGAAAAAAGUGGAUUCAGACGCAGACGUCACAGGGGAGGAAGAUGCAUUUUCCAAGGACAAUGAAGACUGUGAAUCAGAAAAAGAUGUAACUGAUACAGAUGAUGGUACUCGUGAAAAUUCUAAGCCUGCAUCCUGCGAGGACAGCCUCGCUCAGCCCGAGGCUGAGGUUCUGGCUGAGGCUGAACCAGAGUCAGAGGCUGUCGCAGCCGAGGCUGAUUCGGAGCCUGAGCCAGAGGUGACUGCUGAGACUGAGCCAGAGGUGAAUGCUGAGACUGAGCCAGAGGUCGAUGCAGAGCCAGAUCCAGAGCCAGAUCCAGAGCCAGAGGGGGAUGAGGAUGCAGACCCAGAGAUGGAUGGGGGUGCCGAGCCUGAGGAGGAGGAGGCGGAGGAGGAGGCUGAGGCGGAGGCUGAGGUGGACACCGAGCCAGAGAUGGAGGCUGAAUUGGCUGAGAUGGAGGCUGAAGCGAUGGAUUCAACUAAAGAUGCAGAGGACGAUCACCUCUCUGUCUCCAUCCAAAAUGAAGAUGCCAUCACCCUAGAUGUUGAUGGCGAUGAUCUCCUGGAAACAGGUAAACAUGUGAAACUUCCAGAUCCAGAUGCCGAGAAGGGCACUGAUGAGCCAGAGGCCUCUGCUGAGACGGGCCCCGAUGAUGAUAUGAAGGGGGAAGAGUCGGAGGGCCACAAUGAUGGUAAGAGAGAUGACGGAUCCAGGGGCGAGCCCAUGAAGAAAGACAGCAGAGAGGCCUUGAAGAAAGCUGAAACGGGAGAUAAAGAAAAGGAUUCUGGGAAGAAAGGCCCCUCCACUACUGGGGGAUCAGGUCAAGCAAAGAGCUCUUCAAGAGACAGAGAUGGAAAGCCGGCGAAAGAGAAUUUGGGAGUCGUGAGCAGUAGCAGCAACAGCAGCUCCUCUCGUAACAUAUGGGUGAGUGGCCUGUCUUCAAACACCAAAGCAGCUGAUCUCAAGAACCUGUUCGGAAAAUACGGGAAGGUUUUGAGCGCCAAGGUAGUAACAAAUGCUCGCAGCCCCGGUUCAAAGUGUUACGGCUUGGUCACGAUGUCGUCCAGUACAGAGGUGACCCGGUGCGUCUCCCACCUCGACUGCACAGAGCUCCAUGGACAGCAGAUUUUUGUUGAAAGGGCCAAAAAUGAUCCUUUCAAAAAAGAAAGCUCAAAGAGUGAAGCAGAGGACAAAGCAAGCUCCUGCAAAUCAAGUGAUAAGCGCAGUUCAACUGGAAUAAAGUUGACAAACAAAGCACAGACCUCUUUCAAAAAAGAAGACAAGAAAUUGGACAAACUUCCAGAGAAGGAUUCAUGUAAGAAACAGGAGGCCAAGAGUGGAAAAUCUGAUUCUGUGUCAUCCAACUCAGGACCAGAUUCUGCAAAGAAGGAUGACAGAAAGCACAUGAGGGCAAAGAGUCCAGGCAAGAUGGUGAUGUCAUAUCAUGCUAAAGGAGAUUCUAAUUUUGGCAAAAUGAGACCUUUCAGAAAGGGAAGGUAUUUUGAUAAACCCUUUGUCAACAUGAAUGUCCAAAGGAAGCCAAAAUGGUUGAUUCCUCCAGAAGAGUUCAGGAUGAUGAAAGAGAGGCAGAGGCCUUUUAUAAACAAAGGGGAAGACAUUCUGCCUUUUGAGAAGAUGAAGGAGCAGAGGAUGCGUGAGAGGAUGGCUCGUACAGAGCGAGUUCGUCGAGCGGUGGAGUUGCGCAGACGUCGUGAAAUGGCCGAACGAGAACGUCGGGAGCGUGAACGUGUACGGAUUAUGCGAGAGCAUGAAGAACGAGAGAAUCUUCUCCGGGAACGCCAGAGGCUGGAGAUGGAAAGACAAAAACUGGAACGGGAGCGCUUGGAGAGAGAAAGACUUGAGAGGGAGAGAAUCCGCAUAGAACAGGAAAGGCGUAAAGAGGCCGAGCGAAUGGCACGUGAGCGUGAGGAGCUGAGAAGGCAGCAGGAGCAGCUCCGAUGUGAGCAAGAAAAAAGAAACAAUCUCAAGAGAGGCCGUGAAGUGGACCACGGUCGGAGAGAUGAGCCUUACUGGAACGGUAACAAGAAGAUGCAGUCGGAAUCUGACGUCCGUUUAAACCAAAGCUCAAACUUCAACCGGCAGCAGAACCGCUUUUCAAACUUCAAUCCCAGAGAGAGGAGUCGCUUUCCAGUAGCUGCUGAGCAGCCAAACACCUACGACAGACGUAACCGGUUCGAUGGCGAGCCAGAGGUCAAGAAAAGCCGCCCUGCACCGCACAGAGAGAGCUCGGGCUUCGAUCGUUUCUCAAAGAACUUUGAUACAGUUCGCAGACCUGAGCCACCUCCUCCACCACGCACAGAGCUCAGAGACACAGACCGCAGGGAGAGAGACGAGAGACGGCUCGUGCCCAUGCAUGAUCGACCCAUGGGAGCCAGAGCAACGAUGCCCAGCAUGUCACAUAACCGCUCACCCAGGGACGGUGGGCAUGGAUGGAAGAGUGACGGUGGGAUAAACACCAAUAAGGGAGAUUUACGCGGGCCUAUGCGCAUGCGUACAGAUCGACCAGGCAGAGACGGUCCAGGCCCCUCACUCAGAGGAGGAUCCUCCAGUGGUCAAGGAAGAAGCAGCUUUAAUAACAGAGAUGGAGGAAGAUCCAUGGUGAUGAAUGAUCAGCCGUUCAGCUCUGGUCGACAAGUGGUGGUGGAGCGUCACAGCAGGGAUCAGGGCAUAAGGAAGGAGUGGCACGGCGGGUCCAGCUCCCAGGGUGGGGGCUACGCCGACAACCGCAGGAUGGGAGACAGCCGGGGCAGCAUGAUGGCUCCUUCAAGUCACUCUUCAUCUGGGCUGAACCGAAUUGUACAGAUCACUAACAACUCCAUUCCCAGUGGUGGCAGCGUUGGCGGAUUCAAGCCCUACAAAGGAACGCCACGGCAGUACUAACUGAGAACCUAACUCUGCCUCUAAAAAGCACCUGGAAAUUUGAAGACUUUUUGAACUUAUUUUUAGAAUACCAACAGUUUUAGGUGGUACGCUAUUUUAUUUUGUAUAGACAAGUGUUUACCUCAGUGUAGGGUUUUCCUGACAGUUCUGCUGUUACAUUCAAACGAUCUCCUGCACAUCUUUUACUUACCUUUAGGAAGAUAUUGUACAGCCCUUACGUCUUUGUAACAAGUUUUCAAGUGAUGUUACCGAUGUCUCCUCUAAUUGAGUGCUGUUUGUAUAUUUUCAGUAGCCUAGUAUCACACUCAGUUUCCUGUGUAAUAUGUUUUAUUUGGUGUAUUAUAGCGCUCUUAAAGUGCCAGGGAUGUUUCUCUGUGAUGAAAUGGGUGACGUAGGACUCACUUUUUUGAAAGUCAUUCUUUGUUUUGAUGUUGUUUUUUGUAAAGAUUAGUUGAACAUGCUGAAAAAGUCACACUAAACAAGCCUGCACUGUAGCAAUUUACCUCCCAUCAACUUUGAGUUGGAUUGAAAUAAAAUUUGACUUUGAAGUCUGUUACUGCAGGACAUUCA